GCUUCACUACAAACCGGCCCGGCCCAACGAGUAUUCAAGCCCAUAAACUAUACAAGGCAGUGAACCUGACGCUGUUGUAGUUUCACUAGGCAUUGUUGCAGAUAAGGCACCAAAAAAAGCUUAAGCUCCUUUGAUCCUUUCCUGCCAUUUCACCGGUCAUAUAUAGCACACACAUAGCAUGGGCGGCGCCGUGGACGAUGGCGGCGGCGGCGAGCUGGACGUGUUCGAUGCCGGGCGGUGCGGCGGCGGUGGGUACGAGCUGGGGGUCGCCGUGGGGCGGAGGUUCGGCGAGGCCAUCAGGAGCAGGAUGAGCGGCGACGCCGUGCUGCGGCGGCGGCUGCUCCCGUUCGCGUCGACGGCGCCGGGGCGGGCGCUGGUGGACGCGCUCCGCGACGCCAACCGCGCGAGGUACCCGCGCUACUGGGACGAGAUGGUGGGGACGGCCGACGGCAGCGGGGUCCCACUCCUACAUGUGAUUCUAGUGAACUUUAGGAAGGAGCUCCUGCCGUUCAUCACAGAGGAGGAAGAUCAACACCACCACCGGGAAGACGAAGCCGCCGCCGUCGCCGCCGACGCCGACGACGACUGCUCCGACGUCCUGAUCGUCGGCGAGUCGGCGGCGAUCGCCGCGCACAACGAGGACGCCAACGUCGCGCUCCUCGGCCACACCUACGUGGUGAAGGCCACCUCGCCGGACGGCUCGUCGUCGUUCACCGCCUACACCUACGCCGGCGAGCUCCCCACCUGCGCCUUCGGCUUCAACAGCAACGGAGUGGCGUUCACGCUCGACUCCGUCCCGCCGGCGAGCGGCGAGGUCGUCGCCGGCGCCAUCGCCCGGAACUUCGUCUCGCGCGACCUCCUCGAAGCGACGAGCCUCGAAGACGCCAUGAAUAGGGUGAGCUCGCCGGCCAUGUCGGUCGGCCACAGCUACAACCUGAUGGACGUCCGGCGCCGGAGGAUCGUCAACGUCGAGACCGCCUCCGGCAACCGCUUCUCCGUGCGCGAGGCCGCCGCCGCGCCCUUCUUCCACGCCAACAUGUACCGCCAUCUCCAGGUCAACCAGGUGCAGGACGAGAACUCCAUGAGCAGGGAGAGGAGAGCGGCGGAGCUCUCGCCGGACACCAAGGAGAAGGCGCUGUCGCUGCUCGGGGACACGGCCGAUGACAAGUACCCGAUCUACAUGACAGGUCCAACACUGUACACUCUGUGCACCGUCUUGGUUGAUCUCGACGAGGCGACGAUGACCAUCUACAAGGGGAAUCCGAAGAACAGAGAUGCAGUUCGAGUGUUCCGUAUGCUGUGAAACUAGUAGAACAGAUAAGCUUAUUUAGCUCUAGAAGUAAGAGAUUAGCAAGCAUACCUGAUUCCAAUUUGUAACCCAAAGAUGGGUUCAGAACUUCAGAUUUGUUACACAGUAGGUGCCAUUUCAGUUGAACUUUAGUUGCAUAACCAUUACAAUUUUUAUGUCGUGGAGCAUUGAGUUACAUGCCAUCAUUUAAUCAUCAAUUUAAAUUUUGCGA